AUGCGAUUUACUAUCUUGUUUGCCGUUUUUGUCAUUGUUCUCGGCGUCGCAGAAGCCGGAAUUUUCGGUAAGUUUCUAUAGCUUUUAAUGUUUAGUUCUGCAUCCUACCCUACCCUACGCCACCCUACCCUACGCCACCCUACCCUACUCUACCCUACUCUACUCUACUCUACUCUACUCUACUCUACUCUACUCUACUCUACUCUACUCUACUCUACUCUACUCUACUCUACUCUACUCUACUCUACUCUACUCUACUCUACUCUACUCUACUCUACUCUACUCUACUCUACUCUACUCUACUCUACUCUACUCUACUCUACUCUACUCUACUCUACUCUACUCUACUCUACUCUACUCUACUCUACUCUACUCUACUCUACUCUACUCUACUCUACUCUACUCUACUCUACUCUACUCUACUCUACUCUACUCUACUCUACUCUACUCUACUCUACUCUACUCUACUCUACUCUACUCUACUCUACUCUACUCUACUCUACCCUACCCUACCCUACCCUACCCUACCCUACCCUACCCUACCCUACCCUACCCUACCCUACCCUACCCUACCCUACCCUACCUUACCCUACCCUAUCCUACCCUGCCCUACUUUUCUCUAACCUACCUGAUUAACUUACUUUCCUCUACUCUACCCUAGUUUACACUACGCCCACUUUUCUACCCUACCUUACUCUGCCUUACCUUACUUUCCCUUACUUUACUUUACCUUACCUUACCUUACCUUACCUUACCUUACCUUACCUUACCUUACCUUACCUUACCUUACCUUACCUUACCUUACCUUACCUUACCUUACCUUACCUUACCUUACCUUACCUUACCUUACCUUACCUUACCUUACCUUACCUUACCUUACCUUACCUUACCUUACCUUACCUUACCUUACCUUACCUUACCUUACCUUACCUUACCUUACCUUACCUUACCUUACCUUACCUUACCUUACCUUACCUUACCUUACCUUACUCACUCUUCUUUACUAAAUUACAUAUAUAUUUUAAAAACCCAAUUUCAGACUGGAUCUUUGGCGGAAGCGGCGAGCCCGCAGCUCCAGCUGUUCCAGAAACCGCUUCCUUAUCUAGCCUCAGAAGGAAACGUAGCUUCGGUUUUGGCAUUGGCUUUCCCUUCGGUGGAUCAAGACGUGGACCUCAUGGUGGCUACCACCAUGGUUCAUCAUCGUCUGAAGAAGGCAGCGGAUCCGGCGACAAUUCGGCCGAAGGCAGCGGAUCCGGCGACUACGAGCACCAUCACAGACAUCAUCACGGUGGCUCGUUCCACAGGCACAGCGGCCGUCAAUGA